UUCAAUCCGAAAAACGAUUAGCCCAACGCUGCCAUGGUUACAUUGUGCAAAAAACACAACAAAACUAAUAAUAAUUCGUCAUCUCUCCCUCUUCUAGUACCGUUUAAGGGUAAUUGAAUAUGCAUUGAAACUGGAAAACUCAUAGGGUAGAUAACAAGAUACCCAUUGCAUGCUCACACGACAAGUUCAUAAACCCGAGGAUCGUUGACCGCUGGCGAAGCGGCGACAACAAAAAUAACUAUCAGCAACUGUUCAAAAGUUUUUUCCGUUCAUUGCUCUCAAUAAGUAUCAAUUAUCCAGUAACAAGCUAUACACCCUAAAGUUUUUUCUAUUCGCUUUUUUUGUCUUUUUUUAGACACGAUAAGUACAGAAACUCCUAAUCAAUAAUUCAUAGCAAACUACUACUCUCUACUUUGUAAGAGAAAAUUUUGAAACUUUGUUUUGAAACUUGCGUGUACAUUAAUCAUAUUUCCAUAUGUCCUCUAAGUGAAUGCGCGGGUGCACAAAAGCUCGCGUAUACUCAACUUGAUAAUUUUUGUCAUUAGUUUUCUGUCGUUAUCAGAUUCAAUGAGACAUACUUCAAUAACAGGUUUGUACUCUCUAUACUUAACUUUUUUUUUCAAAACUAUAUCUAUAUAUUAGGGCGUUUUUAUUUUUAUACGAGUAUUCAAUUGCCUUGUAAUUUAUUAUAAUAGUAGAUUCUAACAGGUGGAUAACGAUUUCACAUAUAUUUUUUUUUCUUCAUAAAAAGUUAAAGCUUUACAUUUAAUGACUUUAUUGAAUAAACUUUUUAAUUGAACGGAAGGUAAAUAUGGUAGAAUUGUUGUUGUUAUAAAUAUUUUUAGUUGUUUUAAUUUAUAAUUUAUGUAUUUUUACAGUACUAUUGUAAUUUUAUUUUAAUUGUGUAAUGCUCUGAUACGCGUAAUAUAAAUAAAGUAAAAGUGGUUUGUGAAAAGCUUUCACCUUUUAUUCUCGGCAAAUUUUCAAUUACAUGUUAUAUUAUGAAAAAUGAUAUAUCUGUCACUGGGGUUUUAUUUGUGACAGUAUAAAAAAAAUGAAAGCAUGCCAAUUUUACACUCCAGUUCCUAUAAAAUAAGUACUGUGUUUUAAUGAAAAUUUAAAAACAAGAAACGUAUUUAAAGGCUGCAUAAAUGAAACCUAAGUGACAUUUCGUUAGUUCGUUUCAAAGAAUACUGACUGUUAGAAAAAAAAUUUUCAUUAGAUUAAUUUAAAAAAAUAACAAUGAAGUGCUAUUAUAAAAUAUUAAUUACGGUUAUUUUUUUUUACAUGUUUUUAAUUGAGUGUAAUGGUAAUGCAAUUUUUGGAAAAAAAGGCAAACCGUCGUCCUCUUCAAUUUUGGUGGAUGUCGCUAAAGAAUUAGUGGAGAGAUCGAAGAAUUCAAAUCAGGUUCUUAAUUUAAAUCUUUCGAAUUUAAUUAUGCUGUUAAUUUUAAAAACGAUGGUGGUAGGAACGAGUUAUAUGGAAAAUAGUGACUAUAGAAAUCGAGAACUCGAAGAAGAAAAUAUUGUGUCAGAAGAUGAGAUUGCUCUCGCACUAGGUUAUAUGAUAGGUGAUACCUGUCUUUAUCGAGCAGCCUGUGAAGUACCGACAACAGCUAGACAUUAUUUACAAGCAAUUGAGAUGAUAACACAGACAAUAAAUUUAAUGCCACCAAAUCUUCGCCCUGAUAAAAGUUAUGAAAAAACAAUCGCCGAUUUUCGAAAAGCAAUUGAGUAUGGAGAAUUGAAACAAUGUCCACCUGAAUAUAGUUGUAAAAAAGACAACAUUAAGAACUUUCUACGACCUGAAUAUAAUUAAUGAAAUUAUUAUUUGACUGAUAACUUUUUAUUAUUUUUAAUUUUACAUUCAAAUUAUAUACAUAUUAAAUUGAAUUAUUUCAUUUUUUAAUUUUAUUAUUAUUAUUACAAU